AUGGCGUAUCCUCAGCCCUACGAUCCAUACAACUCUGGUUUUCAGCGUGAGGAAGCCGACUCUGAUUUUGGAGAGUUUACUGAAAAUUCACCCUUUGACAUUGCUGUCGCCCUGUGUCCUAACUGCAAGAAACCAUACCAAUCAUCUGAGGAGGUCAUAGAGCAUCUUAAUAGUGCAGACUCAUGCUGGCCAGAGAACCUCACUAACGGAUCACUACUGCCAGUACCACAGGCUCUACAGCGACCACCAGAGCAGACAUCCUUAUCAGCAAAGUAUCACCCCACCUCUGGCUACCAUUACCUGCUUCCAGAUCAACCGCCUCCACGAAAUAUCUUUCAGGAAAUGCAAGGCCACCCUCUUCAGCAAGCCAGAGAGACUAACAUAUGGUACCCUUUUGAUGGGCUGGGUGAAUGGUCGCUUGCAAAAUUCCUUGUCGAAAAUCUUUCCCAGACGCAGAUCGACAAAUUUCUCAAGUUAGACUGGUUCCAGACAAGGGAACGGCCGCAAUUCAAGUCGAAAGACGAGUUGUUCUUCUAUAUGCAGCAGCUUCCUGGCCGCGGGCCAAAAUGGCAGUGCACGAAACUUAAGCUCAAGGGCUACAAAAGUGAACAAGCAAUUCACCUCAUUUGGAGGGACGCGUUGGAGGUUACGAAGCAGCUUUUCGCAAACCCGGUUUAUGCGAAACAUAUGUGCUAUGACCCUCACUAUAUCUAUCAAGGACAAGAACACCAAUUUGGAGAAUUCUGGACGUCAGAUGAUGCAUGGAAGAUUCAAGAUCAACUACCGGAAGGAGCGACUAUCGUUCCGAUCGUCCUUGCCUCUGACAAAACUCCAGUCACAAGGCAUAUGGGUGGCCUUGAGAUGCACCCAUUAUUUCUAACGAUUGGAAAUAUCCAGGCCGAUGUCCGCAUGAAGGCUACGUCGCAUGCGUGGCGAUGUACUGUGUUCAUGCCAACACCCACUUUCGUUGUCAACUCUGACUUUCAAACUCUACUCCGUGCGCAUCUGUGGCAUAAGUGCAUGGAUCUUGUCUGUUCUAAUUUGAAGGUCGUGGCUCGUGUUGGCGAGUAUAUGGUUGAUCCCUCAGCCAGAAUGCGUUACUGUUUCACCCCUCUUAUCAGCCAUGUUGCUGAUCUCCCCGAACAAUUGAUGAUCGCAUGCGUUAUGAAAAACUCAUCUCCUGUCACCACAGCGACCCACAAAGAGUUUGGCAAUGAGACACCACAUCCUCCACGGAAUGGAUCGGAUACCUACACGCUUAUCCAGCAGCUUUGUAACCAUGUCGACCCAUGGAAUCUCAUUGUAUUCGUUAGAGAGGCCAAAAAACUUCAUCUUAGUGGGGUGCACUUGCCGUACUGGAGAAACUGGAGGCACUCUAAUCCUGCAAGAUUCCUGACGCCAGAGAUUCUUCACGCGCUGCACAAGUUCUUUUUCGACCAUGUUCUUAAAUGGAUCAAGCAGAUCAUGGGUCAUGAACUUGAUGUACGGUUCAAGAGUCACCACAAGCGCACUGGUAUACGCCAUUUCUCUGGGGGUGUCUCUCAUGUCAACCAAAUGACAGGACGGGAGCACCGAGACAUUCAACGCACAAUUGUGCCGACACUGUGGGGUGUGGCAAGUCCUGGCUUCAUCCGCGCUGUGCAGGCAAUGAUUGACUUCAUUUACCUUGCUCAAAAUCCCCUUCAUACUGAAUCCAGCAUCGCUUCCAUGGCUCAGGCACUUCGGGACUUCCAUAAUAAUAAGCAGGCUAUCCUUGACGCAGAGGCACGACAGGGAAAGGGUGGUGCUAAGGACGACUUCUUCAUUCCGAAACUCGAACUCAUGCAAAGUUUCACUCGUGCAAUCUUCCAUAUCGCUCGCAUCCUUGAUCGCGAGGAGGCUAUCCGGCUGUUUGAUCUUUAUAUGCUGCUAUCCUCGUCCUCAUCUAUGCCUGGCCAGGACCCUCUCAUCAAUGCCGUCAUCAUGGAGGAUGAAGAGAUCGCUAGCACAGAGACGGAUCCCACUCUUGCUUGGGUCUCCAAUGCAAACCCAGCCGCCCAGCUACGUCUACAAGCACCGUGCCCUGUUCGUAAUCACUUCUUGAAGGGUAUUUUAUCGGACAACGCACGUAUCGCCUUUAAUGUCACCGUGAAAGCAGAUCGCAGCCGUCUCAGUGUGUCUCAGCUGCAGCCAUCAUACAAUCUCCCUGAUUUUGCACACACUUUACACCUCUACGCGACCCGCAAUGGCUGUACACUCUCUGACCAACUAUCAUUCAAUAUGUGGUCCAAAUUUCGGAUUCAGUUAUAUUCCACGUUUCACACUUGCAGAAUCAUGCCGAGUCAGCAAAUUCAUGCCGAGCCACCUUCUGCUAAUUUUCCUAGAGGGAACUGUGAUGCCGUGUUAUUUAACCAGAUGGGUGAUGGUGGUAAUGAUGGGUCUUAUGUUGCUCAAGUACGAGCCAUAUUCCAACCAACCUUCCCCAGAGGUUCCCGUGCGCAGCUUCCUGAGCGUUUGUCUCAGGUGCUCGUAUAUAUUCAACACUUUGACUUCAUCGUGCCUGGCCCUGAACCAUCUACGGGCAUGUGGAUGGUCAGACGGUCUUAUACUCAACUCUCUUCGCAGUCAGACAGGGUGAUCAGACACGGGUCCAUAAUCGCUCUCACAGACAUCACGCAUGCAGUGGAAAUUAUACCCGUCUAUCAAGGACCAUUGGGCAAGGACGUGAAUUCUGGGAACUCGCUGGAGGUGUUUGAUGACUAUUUCUUGAACAAUUUCGCAGACAAAGAGCUGUACCAUUCGCUAUCGCGUGUCCUGAAGCUCCCGCUCGAAAAUUAUCUUCACAGUGCCAUUCUCCCCUUUGGCUCUUCCUCUCUCGGUCUUUCCGUCCUUGGCUUCAUCGGCUCUCAACAGGACGAACAGGACGAACAGGACGAACAGGACGAACAGGACGAACAGGACGAACAGGACGAACAGGACGAACAGGACGAACAGGACGAACAGGACGAACAGGACGAACAGGACGAACAGGACGACGCAAAGGAAGAAAGAACUCAAUCGAGAUGCUGA